UCAUUUCAUAUUUUUGCAAAAUAUCUAGAUACUAUCAAAUUAGACAACUAUCAAAUUAACAACAUAUGACAACAAAGCAAACUACUAAAUAAAACCCUUAUAGCCAGUGAUCUGCAAAAUCAUACACAAAAUUCUUUUUAACAGGACAUAUUGACAGAUUAAAUGAUUAAACAAUGGCACAGAUGUUGAGGGUAGAAGUAAAAGCAUUCCUAAUGAUGACAUGGGAACCAUAACAACUACAUAGAACAAUAUCUUGAAAUGGUUGCUUGUUAAAUAUCUGUGUAAACAAAAUCAUCUGUAAGUGUUCAGUAUGAACUAUCUUUACAAAAUAUUGUCAGGAAAUGCUUUAUCGUUCAAAAGUUUUUAAGUGUAUUGAUUCUGACAGCAAUAAUCUCUGAUAGUACAGCAGUAAAGAUUCCUUACAGUAAUGAUCCAAUAAACAAACAAGAACACAAACACAAAAAUGCCCUUCCCCCUCCUGGAUUCUUGUCAGUAACAAUUUUUCAAAAUAAGAGGGCCAUGAUGGCCCUUAUAUCGCUCACCUGAUUUAUGAACGCUCCAUCCCAUUUUAUUUCGGCUGUAAGACCUUUAUUUUUUAACAAAAGAUGACCAAUUAAAUUAAAUGAUUUAAUUGCAAACAAAUAAUCAAUGUUUAGACAUUAGCAGCCUUAUUGCAAUUGAGCAUUUGAAGAUUCAAUCAAAAUUGUGACCUGAACAGUAUUAACUACUGAUGACGGUCAAAGGACAACAGAUGAGAGAAAUGCUGUAUCACCUGACCUAUGCUUAUAGCUUGAGCUAAUCAUGAGUAAUGGAUAGGUGAGCUUAAACAUUGAUGUUGAUAAAUUACUGUCAAGUUUAUAGCAAAGUAUGUCACAAUUAUUGAAGCUCAUUUAGUAUUAAAUGUUUUUAUUCUUAAGCUCACAAUAGUGAAAUCUGCAUUUGUUUUGAAGAUCAUAUAUUUCACUGAUCUUAGUUUCAAUGUUACAACUUGACACAGUGAAUAGCCUAAAAUAAAUGAAAUAGAUAAGACUUGCACUUAAUGAGACCACAUUCUAAACUUUUAAAUGACUGGUUUACAAACCUGUCAUUCUAUCAAAUGACCCAUUCAAUUGGAGUAACCUAUUAAAACUUCAUUAAUUACUAAGUGCAACUUUUUAAUCAUUUGGAGACAAUUAUUGAUUAAAUUAUCAGUAUUUGACUUAGUCAACCUUGUUAUCUCCAGCUGAACAUUUUAUAAACACUGAAACCUUGCUCAAACAUACAACUACACGGAUUAACCUCUUUGGAGUCGGCAAAAAUUCUGGAAAUUUCAUUAUCAAAUUGGAAAUAUCAAUAACAAAGGCUGGAAAAACAACAACAAAAAUAUCACACAAACAAAUAAAACAGGAUACAAUAACUAUUUAAACAUAAAUUUGCAAUGGAAACUGGUAGUUCUAAUGACAUAAAAUUACAGAUUGAAAAGUUAGGAAAGGCUAUUUACAUGGAAAUUGGAAAUUUCAGUGUAAGUUUGAGCACUAUUUUAUUAACUGUAUAUAUAAUGUUAAUACUGACACUGAUAACUAAACUGACAAGAAACAGCUAUGUCUGGACAGUAGCAUCUACAUUGCAGCUACUACUUAUUAUCUUCACUACUGUUACAUCACUCAUAUGGAGUUUUAACAUACUUGGAUAUUCAACAUCCAUGAUAAUGAUAUUUCAUCUUUUGAGAUGUUUGCCAAAAGAGCAAGUUCAUGUGGAAAAUAAAGCCAUACUUGUUACAGGUUGUGAUAGAGGGAUAGGAUAUGAACUUGUAAAAAGACUCGACACCAUUGGUUACCAAGUAUUUGCAGGUUGUCUUUUCAAAGGUCAAAAGGGAGAACAGGAACUGGUUGCUGCUUGUUCCACACGACUUACAACUCUUCAGAUGGAUGUGAGGAACAGAGAACAGGUCAAGCAGGCAGCAACAAGCGUGCAGAAUCAUCUGGGAUGCAACAAGUUAUGGGCUGUCAUAAACAACGCUGGAAUCUGUUUCAUUGGCAAUGUAGAGAUCAUGGCUUCAGAAGACAUAGAAAAUAUAAUGGCUAUCAACUUCAUGGGACCAGUUUAUGUUUGCAGAGAAUUUCUUCCUCUCAUAAGAAGAAGCAAGGGCCAUCUUGUUAAUGUAUCUAGCAAUGCAGGUCUAGCUCCUGUUCCACACAUGGGAAUGUACUGUGCUUCAAAAGCUGCCUUAGCCACAUUUUCUGAAUGUUUACGCUAUGAAAUGAAGCAAUGGGAUGUUCAAGUAUCAACAAUAAUUCCAAGCGGUUAUAAAACAGGAAUAUUAGCAUACGACAAAAUGGCAGUAGCUGAAAGAUGGUGGUCUUGUGCCCCUCCAACAGUAAAAGAUGAUUUUGGGAAAGAAUGUUUUACUCCAGUAUUCAAGUUUAAUAAUCAUGAGUCAACAACAAGUGCAGACCUCUCCUCUAUAGUUAAUACCAUUGUAAAGGCAGUAUCAGAGAAAAAUGCACAACCAUUCUAUUAUAGUGGUUUUAUGGCAAAAACUUUACCAUUUGUUUAUCUUCAUCUACCUUCAAUUCUGCAAGAACCAGCAAUGAACAUAUUGGCUCAAUGGUUCAAGUUUUUACCAAAAGCUUUAAGAGAAGAGAAAACUGUCAAAGAUAAAGAAAAUUAAAGGGUCUUUUUUUGGUAUCUUAUCAUAUAAAACAUGCACCUGCAUGAUUAAAACACUGCCUUUAAAAUUAAAACAGAUACUGUUUCUGUAAAAAAAAAAAUGCAGGCUUCAAAUUUUUGUGGUUUUCAAUGUAGCAUUCAAUCUGUAGCAUUCUGUACCAAAGAUUUUAUAGUCAUAUUUUCACACAUAAGCAAAACAAUGUAUGUCCAAAUGGAUUUGUUGUCAGUUAAAUUAUAACUUUAUGCUUUAAAUAAAUAUGUUUCUUAGACAGAUCAUAUAUGUUUUCCGAAUCAUUUUUUAAGUUAUUUUUGCAUAAAUUAUAUUUGUUUCAUGUUCGAGUUGUUUGUUUGGACGUCAAGGUGUUUAUUGUCACAAACUAUAAAGCCCUUAGCAUGUACUAGAAGUGAUAAAUAAAAUGUGACAUCAACUAGAAAUGUGUUGUAAUGCCAUGAAUGCCCCCCCAUGCAGACAAAAUUUCAAAUGUUAUAAUAAUAUUUAGAUUAAAAUUUGUUUGCACAUACCUUUCCGAAUCAUUUUCUAAGUUAUUUUUCCAUAAAUUAUAUUUUUGUUAUGUUCGAGUUGUUUGUUUGGACGUCAAGGUGAUUAUUGUCACAAACUAUAAAGCCCUUAGCAUGUACUCGAAGUGAUAAAUAAAAUGUAACUUCAACUAGAAAUGUGUUGUAAUGCCCCGAAUGCCCCCGCAUGCAGACAAAAUUUCAAAUGUUAUAAUAAUAUUUAGAGUAAAAUUUGUUUGCACAUACCUUUUUUUCAUUCUAAGCUCAAGGCCCUUAAAACUAUUCAAUGUUAACACAAACCAUUUUUAUACAAAGUUCAAGACCCUGAAACUAAACGUAUUCUGAGUAUUAAUCUUUUACAAAUUGCAUAUUGCAUAUUUGUAGCCAAGAUAAUGAUUAGAAAUUGUGAAUUUUUAAAUCUUUUCCAAGUUUAUUAAAGGGGGAUGACUGUCAAAAAACAUCUGACCAUGACGAAAUUUGAGAUUGACUUGUAUUUUUUUGGUUAAAUACCUGCACAUCCGACUUUAACAUUGUAUAUGCAUUUUCACUGUAAGAUUGCAGAAACUGAAAAUUUCAAUUUUAACCCAUUACGUUAUAAACACACCUUUUAACACCUUUUCACCCCCCUUUUUUGUUGUCUCAAAUGGUGGAAAAAUGCCUUAUUUAGGCCCCCAACACUUGUUUUUGUUUAACCCAUUACCCGAUGAGCAUUUUGUGAAAAAUGGCUGUUUUCAUUGAAAAGUCUCCCGUUACAAGUUCAAGUUGCUAUAAAACUAUAAAAACUGCUUCAAUACUAAUCAAACUUUGCACAAAUGUUGACUGGACCAUUGCCUUUGUAACAACAUGCUCAGUCUGAAAUUUCCUGUUACCAUGGCAACUAGGGGACAUCUCAAAAUUGCCAAUAAUCACUAUUUUGCGUUGAUUUUUUCCAUCAAAAUUUUGACCCCAGGGAUUUUAUUUGAACAAUCUUAGUAGACACUCACUAGAAGAUGUUUCAUGCCAAAUAUCUAAGCUCUAGCUCUUUGGGUUUUUUAGAAGAAGAUGUUUAAAGUUUUUUCUUUUGGUUGCCAUGGCAACCAGAGUUCUGCAUGGAAUGGAAUUCUUUGAACAACUUUGUU